GGAAACACUUUUAUACACAUCCUCUGAAUUACAGUACACACCGUUGUCAAAUGCUUUAAAUCAUACAAAUCGUUAGGAGGUGUGUAAACGGUUGGUGUAUCUUGAGUGACACACUAUCAUUAUUUCAUUGUACAUCAUAGUAUCUCCAUGACUGAUAUUGAGUCCAAACUCCAGAGUCCCAUGACUCACAGUAUCUUAUCUUCUGGGCUGGGACUAACUAUAUAAAAACCUAGACCACGUUCUAUCUCACCCACACUCAUUACAACCAUCUCCUCUUCACCAUGUGUACUGGAAAGUGCGCUAAGUGUAUUGGGGUGUCUCUAUACCCCCUUGUUUUCGUCUCCAUCGUCUCUAAUCUGUUCCUUCUUUUUCCUGAUUUUAAACUGGAAUUUGUGGAAAAUUCAGGGGAACAAUUGACACCAGAGGUUCUAUAUUUAGGAGGAAUAAUCGGUGGGGGUUUGUUGGUUCUGGUUCCUGCGAUUCACAUUCAGGCAACAGGGAGAGAAGGAUGCUGCAAUAACCGAUGUGGGAUGUUCCUAUCCAUCCUGUUUGCUGCAAUUGGAGUGGCUGGAUCUGUUUAUUGCUUUGUGAUCUCCAUUGUGGCCAUUGUACGAGGUCCUACAUGUGAAUAUAAUCUCGGCACCGAUUCAGAGAACAUCACAUGGGGGCGCCCUUUCUACGACAACCUUAAAAAUUUCACUUUCGAUAAUUACCUCUCCAAUACGACUGCGUGGGACGAAUGUCUAUCGCCUAAAGACGUGGUCGUUUUUAACCUCUCACUGUUCUCCAUUGCUGUGGUUGCAAGUGGCAUUGAAUUGAUCCUGUGCACAAUACAGAUGUUCAAUGGUCUUUUUGGCUGCAUUUGUGGGACAUGUCGAAACAAAGAUUAACUGAAAAAAUUUAUCCGUUGACCUAAUGUCCAACAGACUGCACCCCCA